AUGGUAAAAUUGUUGGUUAGAGACAGAAGAGAAAAAUCAUUCACUGAAUUUGUAGAGUCUUACAAUUCGCUUGUAAAAAAACUUGGAAAAUUUGCAGAUAGAAAUGCAGAAUUAGAAAUAUCACAAAGCUCAGCAAUUGAACAUCAUGUUAUACUAUCUCAAGAGCUUGAGAAAUUGAAACGAUUUGGGAGUGAGGCAAAUAUAAAACGUAAUAUAGAGUUAGAAGAGGAAGUAAGAAAAUUGAGGGAGGAGCGCGAUGAAUCAUAUAAAACACAAGGUCAAAAUGCUCAAAAAUUAUUGGAUUUGACUGAUGUUCUUAACCAGCAUAUAGAAUUAAAUAAAAAAAAUCAAGAAGAAAUAUUGAGAUUAACAGAUUCAAACACGAAUUUAAAUAAAAAAGUAGAUUUGUCAGUACAAGUAAUUCGUGAAAAAGAAGUCAAUAUACAGAUAUUACAAGAUGAAUUAGCAGCUUUACAAUUGGAGUUGAGUAAACUAGAAGAGAAAAUGCACGAUCUUAAAAAUGAAAAUCAUCAAUUAUUACAACGUUGGUCAUCAGAAUGGUGUUGUAUUAGUUAA